AUGGGGCAUCACAAUAACACCACGGUCGAGUCGGCAAACAACGCGUACGCACCUCUGGCCACAACGACCACCGCUCUGCAGCGGGACGCAAUCGUCAGCAUCACUACCGUCGGCGCCGCGACAGCUACCGAACGCAACAACAGCCACGGCAACACCCGCAAUAGCGGCAACGGUAACAACGGUGCAACGACGACUGCUGUUGGUGUUGCCCCGGUCGUGGUGGCGAUGCACAACGGUACUCCAGUGCCGGACCGGUCGGCCAGCGAUUAUUAUUACUAUUACGCUUACGACAACGUCACCGACACAGCAUUGUUCUUCCCUCUCAACGGUACUACAGCUGGUAGACCGAACGUACCGUUCGAAAAGCCCACCUGCGCCUGGAUACCCACCCAGCAGAGUCUUUUUCAGUUCUCCAAUAUAUGUUUCCUGACCGCCUUCAUUGUCCCCAGAAGUUACAAAUUCAGCUUGCUGUCCUUAAGGUAAGAUUGAUAACAAUUUCGUAACCUAACCUAUCCUAAACUCUUGGUAGGUACUCUUAUUGACUUAGAAAAAUCGUUUUAUCACACAUUAACAAAGAGUAGUACUCGAAGACAUUUGGAAAAAGAGGACAGGAGGAGAGGAUUAUAACUCUCUAAAUCUGCGGCUGUCUAUUUGCAAAACACAGUAUGCGCCACUUUAUCAAUAUGAUUUUCUUCCUGUUGUAUUGUAUUUGUCAGUUUAUUAUUUAUAUUACAUAUCAAUUUUGAAUGUAAAAUAAUACAUUAUUUAUUUAUUACCAACAUAAAGGAGAAAGUAGAAGUAGUUUUUAAUGAAAUGUAUCUAUGGACAAUCCCUAAUGUAUUGAUUAUUGUGACACGAUUAUUUCAUAUAUUUUGUUUUAUUUCAUAAACAAUUUUUACCACUAUCGUAAUAAUUAAUGUGUUGGUAACUUAUUACAUUAUUAAAAUAGCUUUUAUUUAAAAAAAAAAAUUAUAUUUAUUAUAUUAUUUUAAAAGCUAUUCCAUUAGCACAUUGGAAAAAGAAAACGUGACACAUAAGUAAUAGGUAUUAGGUAUAUUUUACAACAUUAUAAUACCUACUCGUACAUUAUUAAACACUUUAGGUUAUUGGAAUGUACUGUUUUUACCGCAUUGAUUCAAAAAAUUAUACACACGUGUGGCCGCUCUGAAAAAAAAACGGGCACGGUUUUGGAUUGUCGUUUACAUCGUAGUGGCACUAGUUUUACUAAGUUUUAAAAAAUAUACUUUACAUAUGAGUUAGGUACUUACACAAUUUGUUAUACGCAUUUUUAUACAGCACUUUUAUAUAAAUUGUUGAAACCUUAUAGGUAGAUAAAUACAAGCAACGGACAUAUCGAAACAACUUGUCUAUUGCAAUUGUAUCUUACUAUAUCUUACUACACCUUACUAAAAAAAAAAGAAUUUAAAAUUUUUUUUUUAAUCGCUGUAAAAUCUCUUAUCUACUUAAUUUACGAAAUUGUUCAUUUUUCGAAUCGUCGAUAAAAUGACAACUUAAAAGUUUUGAAAUAUUUAGCGAUAUUUUGCAAGUAAAUAUUCUAUAGUUUUAUCGUACUUGCGGAUAGUAACAUUAUUUUUUCGUUCAAAAAACUUAGAAAAAUGUCGUACAUCAAUAGACAUUUACGUAAUGAUUAAGUAAUCUAUUUUGUCAAUAAAUUGCAGUGUAUAACAUAAGCCGUCUCCUAUAUUAGAGUAAAUAGGAACAUACUAAAAUAGUUUUAUUACUGUUAAAGCGAUGUAAAAUUUUGCAUUAGGAAAUCUGUUGAAAUGAAAAGUUUUUAUUUCUUUGACGACGAUGCGCGACGGUUAAAUAAAUUAAAACUUACUAAUUGGAACGGAAAUGACGCGCAUAAAUCUAAUUUAAUUAGGACAACAUUUUAAAUGCAAGAAAAUUCAAUUAAGUAUUUCUGUUUUGAAUCAUUGAGUAAUUAUAAUAAUUUAUUUUAUUAUAGUAAGUAUGGCUAUGUAAAUAAGUAAAUAUUAUGGCAGGUAUUUUAACAGUAGCGCAAUCAAGAUUUAUUUUUAGAGGGGGUUAUAAAUUUUAAAAAAAUCCAAUUUCGGAAGGUGUUUGGUGAGGGGGAAGGAUAGUAAGGUUAAGUUAGGUUCAUGAGAAAAAUCUUUAAAUUGUUUAGCUUUUAUUUAUAGAUAUCGGAUAUCGGAAAAUAAUUUAGACUAAUAUUAAAUAUUUAAAUAUUCUAUACUCAUAAGUCAUAGUCUUAUGAUAAAAAUAAUUUACAACUUUAUAAGCUCAAAAUUAAAUUCUAAUUCAAAAUUUAUAAUUAUAUUAGACCAUUUAAAUUACUAGUUAUAUAAUCAAUUAUUAAUAGUAUCUGAAUAUUCUGAUUUCUCUGCUGAUAUUAAAACACGCCGUAACAUAAAAUAUGAACAUAUUUGUAUUAAUUCAUUACCAAAGACUAUAGGAAUUUAUGCCAUCAGCGUAUAGAAUACUUGUGGGUAUUGACUAACUAAUAUUUUAUUUAUUAAACAAGACGUCCUAGGAUAAUGGGGAUGGGUGCAGCCGCUGUUAUAGGUAACUUAAUGUAUAUCUGUAGCAACGAUAAACUAUUGUUUACUUAAAAGGAUUCUGAUUUUCUGGGGGGAGUUUAGUUGAUGGUGAUGCUGCUUUGUCAACAAUAUAUAUGUUAUAUUAUGGUAAAAAAAUUAAAUAGGCAUCAUAUAUUUUCUUUAAUAAUAUUUGUUUAAGAUUGUAUCGAUUUUUCCGGUUCUUUUGCGUUUUUACCAUAUUUUUUCACGGAUUAUCACAUUUUCUAAGAAAACUCUUAGAAAAAUAGAAAAAUGACAUUUCUAAAGUAAAAUCCCAGUCAGAUUUACUUUUAGAAAAAGUGCUAUCAUUAUAAAACGGAGCAAAAUUACUGGUACAGAAGGUGUACACAAAAAAAUGCCAUAAUAUUUUUUCACUUAUACCUACAUUUCGUACAUUUUCCGUUUUUCCGACAUUUCAUCCCGGUUUUUCCCAGUUAUUCAUAAAACUAAUUGAAAAAUCGUAAAAAUGACCUCCCUAAACCAUGGAGAUAAAAUUUCCUUUCAGAAAAUAAAAUACACUUGACACAUGGGAGCAAGACUUCUGGUGGAAAGGUUUGCACAACAAAUCAAGGGGUAUUUUUCGAUAAAGAUCGUCUGAGCGAGCGAUAGCUAGGUCUCUGGGUAUACUUAAAAUGCAUUUGCUUUUUCUCUAUUUAGGUAAAAGAGAAAAAAAGUGCAAAAAGUUUCUUUUCGAACUCCGGGUAUGAACUCGCGACUCCUAGUAUGACAAUACGUAUUUAUGACCAUUCGACUACAGUAAAAAUAUUACAAGAAUAGACAAUAUUGACUUAUUUAACAUGACAUAUAAUAUCUGCAUAGUAUUUGAACUUCAAAAAACUAUAAUUUCGAAACUUAGUCAGUCCGCUCAAUUCUGACUGUACCGUCUUCUUAAAUCAACAAUACAUAUAUGUUCGAAAAAAAAAUUGAAAAAUUAGAUUUGUUCCAUAUCAUUUUUUACUCAAACAAUUUUCGUCAAAAUGUAGUAUCAAAAUUUCUUUAUAAAAACAAAUACUACAUAAUCUCAAUUUUUUUUUUUUUUUACCAAAAAAUAUUUUUCGAAUCAUUUAAACAUCAUUGUAUUAUAUUUAUUAUAUUUAUUAUUAUAUUUAUUAUCGUAUUGAUAAAGUGAAAAAUAAAAUAUAUAGAUACACAUACUUCACCUCCAAUCACUCUAGUUGCGUAUUUAUACUACUGGGUAUUUAUAAUCGUACUAUAAUGUCUACCAUCAUGACGCUUUAUAAUACUCGGUUUUUGUUUUUUAAAGUUCAUUCAAGAACUAUGCACAUUUAUGUAUUAGGCGUUCGCUCCUCCGACCCUUAAAGGCUAAAUAGUAUAAUAUUAUACAAAAUUUAUUUAAAUUGUAUCGCUGUACUAAAAAAAAAAAAAAUAAAAUAAAUAGAUAUAGAUAUAUUACGCUUAAGUUACAUGCGAUUUAAAAUGUUCAGUUGUUUAUUUUUAGUUGUUACGAAUACGAAAAUAGAAAAAUGAUCAAUAAAAAAAAAAAAAAAAUAAAUAAUAGAUUUCUCGUAUUUCAAGGGCCAAACUUGGCGAACAUGUAAUAAAAGUGUUUGUAUAAUAUAGCUAUAUAUCUAUUUUGAAAGUCUUAUCAAUACGUAUUGAAAUAAAUAUAUUACUAUAUUAAACUCUGUGAGCUCGGCGAAAAUUUAAUUUAAAAUGUUCUCAGGGUUUUGUAAACCUAUUAGUAUUUUGCAGAAGUGAAUUAUAGUUAAAAUGUACUUCUCACCAUUUACACCCAUUUAAACAUUGUAUUUUCAAUAACCAUUUUACUUUUAAAAAGCAACGUACCUACCCAGAAUUUUUCACGGGGUGGGGGAAGGUAGUUAUUCAUAAAUGAAAUUACAAUAAAAUAAUAUAAUUCAAGUAGAACAUAAGCUAAAUCUAUAAUACACAUAUAAAUAUUUUUUCUUGGGAUGAUUUUUCAAAAUAUAUAGGUAUAAUACAAUUAUUUGUAUUUAGUUGAGUUAGUUAUUCUUUUUUCUUUUGUAUUUUAACACGGACAACGAUGGGGGGGGGGUUGAAACACCCUUAGCUACCGCCUAUGGGUACGACGCUGACUUCUAAAUAUUUUAACUGCUAAUACUGAUUAUAGGACUAUAAUAGUUUUAAUAUACUAUGGGCUUUAUAAAAUUGUUCAAUUUGUUUUGUCUGUAUACACGAUUUCAACCACAACACUUUCAACACUUUCUGCGAUUAAAAACUACAUUGGCGCAUAGCUCGUAGCUCGCAGAAUUUUGUAUUUAGUAAGUAUAGGUACUUUAUAUAAGAUAUUCCUUGAUGCUCUCAGUAACUUACUAUCACGAACGACCGAAAACCCGAAAACGCAUUUUACGUUAAAACCAAUAAUAUUUUCUGUAUAAAGGGCGUUGCUGUUCGUUGGCUUUAUAAUCUCGGGCCUGUGGUCGUCCACGGAUGUGUGCGCCGUGGACGCGCUGAUCUGGUACGCGCUGCUGGCCCUGAUUAACGGCGUGCAUACUUUGAAGUUGUGCAAGAAGCUUUUGCCCCCUGCGCUGUCUGUUGAGCUCAUGGAGCUGUACGUGCGGGUGUUCAAGCCGCUCAAAGUCAGUCAGAAACAUUUUCGCGAACUCACUCGGGAGGCGAUCAUCGUGGAAAUGACACCCGGAGAGUGUUACGCGGUCGAAGAGGUGACGGCUUGUGACGAGCGGCUGUCCAUUUUACUUAGGGGCAGGUAAGCGACACGACUGGUCAAUGUAUUUAAAUCCAGUGGGUAUUGUGAUCAGUUUUUUAAAUGGUUUGGUCAAUAGUCAUAAUAAUAAUAUUAACACCGUUUACCUAUUUAGUUAUAUUCAAGAUCUUUGGGAGGCUUUACUUACCGAUACCCCAUUCCUUAAAAAACCAUUUGUUUAUAUUCAUCAACAAUUUUUGCUAUUAAAUAUUUUUUUAGUAUUUCUUAAUUUGAAUUGCAAAUUUGUAUUAUAUAAUAUAUUUAAAUUAUCAAUUUUCGCUGGUUAGCCGCCAUCGUGAUUAAACAAGGACGAGUUCGAUUUGCCUUAUUUGAACGUUGUAGUCUAAUAAAAUUAGAUGACAAUCAUAUUAUCAUGUAACCAUAACAACAAAAAAAAAAAAAGGACAUACUCCGAACUAUGAGUAGGCCACUGUUGUAUAGAUGCAGGAUAGUUGGGAAGAUAGGGCACAUUGUGAAAUUAGGGUUAAUGCACAAAUAUACACAAUAUACUUAAGCACAUAAUUAAACACAAUAUACUGCAUUAUUGCAUUAAAAAAAAAAACGAUUAUGAACUGAGUACUAUUAUUUAUUUAAAACAUUAGGGUAAGCCCAAUUACAUAUUACAUAUAAGUAUAAUGUUUAAUUAACAGAAAAAUAAUUAGAAAACAAUACAAAGUGGUUAUGGUAAAAAGGUUGACUGUUCAUUAGCCAUGCGCAUAGUACGAUAGAUAGGGUUGUUGUGACCGUAGUUUGUGGAACAAUUCGGCACAGAGAAAGGGAUAUGGAAUCGGAGGGAACGCUGUGGUACUCUGAAGUUUAUACUGGAAAAGAGAGUGAGGAAAUCUAUUGAACCGUCUAAGAGUGAAAAUUUUAAUUAAUUUUAAAAAUUUUCACUAAUUUUAAUAAGAAGCGAAUGACAAAAAGCGUCUCUGGGCACGCUCUAGUUGUAAAGAACUUGACACUGUAAGGAUCCUAUAAUACGGAUCCAUAUUUAAUAAUAGAUCGAACUAAGGAACAAUAAAGACAUUUUAAAGAAUACUCAAACUUAAAUUCAGAGGCUAUUUACUAGACAAAACCCAGUACUUUGAGAUCCCUACAAGAAGAUAAUUCAAUGUGUGUUUGAAAGUCAAGUGUAGGAGUGUAUUAGUAUUGUUUUUACUUCAUUUACAAGGCAACCUAAAAAUGAAUAAAAAUCAAAAAACCCAUAAAAAAAUAUCAAAUUAUAAAAUAUAUCCCAAAAAUUAUUUGGGUUUUAUGUUUUACAUACUUAAAUAAACAUUUUUGAACAAUUUGAUAAAUAUUUCAAAUAAAAUAACUGCUCAAAAAAAAAAUAAAAAUUUCACCAAAAAGAGUUAAAAUACAAAUAUAUAUAUAUAUAUAUAUAUAUUAUACCUUAAUAUAAAAAUGAAAACAAGUUUCCAAAUAAAGUGUUAGAAAUGUCGAUAAUGUGUUCAAAUAAAAUAAAAUCAUACAAACAAAUCUGUAAAUCUGUAUUUUUUGAAGUAUAACAUGACAAGAAAUGGAAGUAUAAUUACCUAAAAUUAACAUUGCAUUUGUAUUAUAUACACUUGCCCCUAAAUCACACCAUUCGAUAUAUACGUCUUUUUUUUGUUUUACUACAGUUUUUAUAUGAUGUUAUUUUAUUUUACAACCAAAUAUAGUAACCUAAUUAUCUAAUUAGGUUUUUAUCGAUUGGCUUUGCUUUACACACCUGAUUUGAAACGCUAUUGUACAUAAAAUAUAAGGUUUAAUUUAAUUGGAUAUUUUUUUAAGCAAUUAUUGUCGACCCUGAUUUAAGCAAUAGGUGAGUCACGAAAACACGUUAAAUAUAGGUAUACUUUUUUUUUAGUAAAUAUUAAUUUUCUAAUGUGACCUAUCCCUAUAAUAAAACUAUACGAGUUUAUUAGACACAAAAUACACAAUUUCAUAAAUGUAAUGAAGGUGAUAUCCAUAGCUAAUUACAUUAAGUACUAUUAUAAAAUCCAAAAAUCCAUAAAAUAUUUGCUACUUAAAUAUUGAAUAUCUAUGAAUUAUUAUCUUUGCUAAACUAUUAAAAAAACUAUAGAGAUAAUCAAUAAACGACUUUCUUAUUCACCAACAAGAUUAAAAAUUCAACAAAAAAGAUAUCUUGUUAUUAUUUGAUUGAAGCAAUAUUCCUAAUAGAAACCGUAGUGUAAACAAAUUAAAAACAUUGAAAACGGCAACGUCGUGGAGCACUGUAAUUAUUUAUCGUUUUACCUGCAAUUUUCUUUCGGGUUUUUCCCAAUUAUUUCGAAAUCUCCCAAGAAAAUCAAAAAAAGAUCUGUCUAAUGCAUCAACUAGGAAAAAUGUCCUUUCACAAAAGGUAAUAUACUCUAUACAUCAGAGCAAGUUUUCUUUUCGAAAAGUUGUUUACAGACAGAAAAAUAAAGCACCGUGGUAAAACCAAUAUAUCACUCGCUACGCUCUGAAUCCUGGUAAACAAAAAAUUAGUACUAUAAUAUUAGAGUGCGCGUGUAUUUAACCAGUGCCUAAUCGCCAUAAAAUAAUGCAUUUUUUGUAAAUUAAAAUUACAAAGUCCGAAAGGGUUUUGCAUGACGUACCUAUAUAAGAUUGUAUCAAGCGAAAUAAUAAAAUAUAAAAAAUUAAAUUAUUAUACCCAUUUUUUAUUCAAAUUUGCGUAGAACAUUAUAAAUUCUAUUCACCUAUAUUUAAUACUACGUGCACAAUAAACACACAAUUACUUUACCUUAUUAGAUCUUAUUGGUAAGAAAAAAAGAAAUAGAAAUUUCUAAAAACGAAAACCUUUUAACACAUUACCUACAGUAAAAAUGUCGUCGACAAAACACAUUGUCUGACACGAAGAGAAAAAGUUACAAUUUUGUCACUUCACUUAAUUAUAUUUUCGAUUUUACAGCAAGGUAAUAAUAUAAACAUUAAUGUUGAAUUGAUUUCAUUUCUUAACGUAUCAUGAAAGAUUCGAUUGAUUAUUAUUGGUAAAUUCCUGAACAAGUUAUUAAUUAUCAAAAUAAUGAAAUAUACUCAAGUAAAUAAACUUAUAUAUGUAAAAAAAAAUUAUUUUUUAACUUUUUUUUUAAGAGAAGUACAUAUAUUAGAUUUAGGUAAUAUUUGACUACACGAUAAAGUGUUUAAAAAUAACCUAUUUAUAUUAUUCGUACUUAUAAUAGAACCAUUGAAAAUAAAUAUAGAUAGUGUUAUAUUAAUGUUCCUGUUAAAGACACUAGUAACUUUUUGGUCAGGUAGGUGUUGCUAAGUUUAAUCUGACCAAUAUCACCAAUUCACCAUUUGUAUCGGGCCAUCGAUUGCAUCACUAUAACUACUAUCAACACAUUACAAUCUUAAAAAGCUUCUUAAGGAAGCCAAAUCAACCAAAUAAGUACUGUAAUGUGUUAGCAUCCCAAACAACUCCAGUUGAAUUACUAUACAAAGACAAUAAUGGUAAUGCUAAAAUAUAUAAAAAUUAUAAAAAAAACUAAUAAAACUGUCAAUUGUAUGCAUAAUUUAAUUUAAUUAUAUAAUAUUAUUUAUCUACAAAAUAAUAAAUAUGAGUUACCGGAGGCCACAUAUGAAUAUAUAAAAAAAGAAAAGGUUUCAGGUAUUACAAUAGCCUUAUUUUGAUGAAUGGGAGAGGAUUGGGGAUAGAAGGGGUUUUAUCUGGGUACAUGGUUUAGAGGGUGAAUUUGAGUAUGGUAAUGAGGAGAUAGGGUAGAAAAGAUAGGGGUCAAAUAGGUAGGGCAAUGGGGGGGGCUAAAUGGGGUGGUACUUUUCGGAGUUAGUAAGUAUAACGUUGUGUAAAGUAAUUUAAAAAAGAAUUUAAAUAAAAAUGAAUUUAUAACUGAGAUUCGUUCCCGCAACCGAUCGGCUGGUACUGCGUCGAGCAAAAAUAUGUCGGUAAAACAUAUCAUAGCUAUCAUUUUUUCGAUUACCCUCCAUAAAGGAGUUUCACUUUAAAAUGAAUACACAUGAAGCGAUUAACGAGAUUUGUUGGUUGUAAAUAAUAAUAAUUACAACACCAUUCGUGUUUAGGUGUAGUGUUACAUGCGAAGGUACUCAAUUGCACAACAUCAACUCGUAUCAAUUCAUCGAUUCGCCCGAAUGGAUGGCUUCAAGCCUAAUGCACGGAGAAUCAAUGUUUCAAGUAUGCACCACUUUUUAGUAUAAAUAUAUUUAUAUAUUAUAAAAUGUAUACAAUAUGUUACCGUCGAUGAUUAUAUUUAAGCAUUAUAAAAAAAAAAUAGCUAAUCUGUAUUAUUAUGUUGUCUCUCGUUGUUUUUUUUUAUAGAUAUUGAUAUUAUUGGUUAUUUUUGAGAAUGCCUGACUAGGACAGAAAAUAUAAUAUUAUGUAAACUAUUUAAUUCAAAUGAAAAACUAUCUGGGUUGUGACAAUACAUUUGUAAUCUGUAUAGCGAAAAGCAGCCGAAAAACAAAUAUAAUGAAUAGUAGAUACAAAUAUAUAAAUAAGAUCGUUUUAUUAUUACACAUUUUGAUACAUUUUCAGUACAUUAAUUCGUUACAAAUUUAUAUUUAUUAACUUCACUAGUAUUUUCCAAUAAAACGGAUAGGUAAACUGCAUCGUUAAACUUUUGUCGUGUUUCAUUUGGAUCCGUUGAUUUAAAACAAAUUAUUUCGCACCACGUGACACAAUGAAAAAUGUAUAUUACAUUAAGGCGACGCAAAAAUAAUCGCACGAGUCAUGACUCAAUGAAACGGAGACUAACGAAUAGCGAAACCAAAUUUGGUACAACAUUGGACUAACGCCGUCAUAGUACUUCAAUAACCAAUAAUCAAUCAAUAACCAUCGUCGCUUCAAAAUAUAUAGGGUCAAUCGAUCUUGCUAGAGAUACUAAAAUGUACAACAGAUAACACUGACUGCACGACAUUCGGUAAUGUUAUAACGAUUAAACCAAAGUCAUAAAUGUUUGUCCAUUAUAAUAUAUACUCACUAUAUUGACUUGCUCGGGUAUUAUAUGCAUUGACUUGUCAAUCUCGUUACUGCCCGAAUUUACGAAAUCGACGGUAACACGUUGUAUAUUUACUGUUAUAUUCAUUAAAUACGCAACACGGUUUGUACUGCUAUUAUUAUUUUUAGGUAACGAUAACGGCUGCUGAAGAUAGUGUUUAUUUGUGCUGGCAACUAUCUAAGCUCAAUCGGAUAUUCAAACACAGAACACAAUUGCACGCCGUUCUCGCUAGUAUUAUUGGUGAGUGCCCAAUUAAUAAUGAUAAUUAGGAUUCAGGACUUAUUGCACUUAAAAUUCAAAAAAUCAAUUAAAAAUGUCAAAAAAUCCUUGAAAAAAUAAAUUAUUAAAACAAGUGGUAUUGAUUAUAUAAAAUUGUACGUGGUAUAAAAAAAAUUACUAUUUUUAAAAAGUUAAACAAUCGUAUUUAAAUUAGAACGACAUUUAAACUUUUCUACCGUUUUUGCUUUUUAAAUAUUUUUUAAUGCUUUUUUCAGAAUUGUUUGACUUUUUUAAGUAUAUCUUUGUGGAUUUUAAAUGUAAUAAAUCUCAAGCUCUAAUUACAAUCAGUUUUAUCAUUAUUUACACAAUUAUACCUACGUUAACUAUAAAAUGUUUUUUCGUUUUUUUUUUUUUUUUUGGUCCUUAUUGUUCUUUUUGAUUUUGAUGUUUUGAAUAUUUUUACAAGACAGAACUUGUUUAGAAUUUUUCGUUAGUUAUAGGCCACGGUUAGGUUGGGUUACUUGUAACCUAACAAUUAAUCAUGGUAUUCAAAAAACCUUUUGUGAGUAGAGCUCAUUAUAUAUAUUAUUUUAGGGCUCUGCUAAAAAUGUAAAAGACAAUAAUAAUAACCUUAACGAAUAGUCGUUAGCAUAAGUUUAAUAUUCUCGUUUCGUAGCAUUAUACCUACGCCUACUGUAUAAGUAUUAUAAUUUUCAUCUUAUUAUAAUGCCCUCGGUACUCCCAAUUAAUAAACUUACAAGUGCUUUGGGCACAAGAAAUAAGGUAUUUGCAUCCCUUAAUGUAUCUCUCUCCAAAUAUAUAGGUACCCUAUAAUAACAAUUAUAAUAAUAAUAAUUAUUAUUAUUAAAUAGUUUGUUUUCAAAUUACAAUGCUGUGGUGUUUUUGUUUUGUAUCUGUAAUCAUUAUUAUUUUUGAAUAAAUAAAAUAUUAUCUUAAUGUCCCAACGUAAUUACAUUGUAUUUAGUUUGCGAUCAUAUAACACUCUUGCACUGAUAUAUAAUAAUAUAAAAUAUCUAGAUAGCUUAAAAAAUAUAUAGGUAUAUAGAUUUUUUAUAAUAUCGAAUUAAAUAUGAUUUAAACUUUAUUAAUCUCAACAUAUUGCUUAAACACAUACCUACACUUAAGUCUUUUAUAGCACAUUUUUUACAUUCUGAGCAGAGAAAUGAAUAUAUUGGUUUUACAAUGAUGUAUUUUUUUUUUUUUAUGUGAACACUAAUUCUACCAAAAAACAUACUUCAAUUAUCAAUUAUAGACUUUUCCUGAAAGACAAUGUUCUCUGGGUGAUACUUUAAAAAGGUUAUUUUUUAAAGUUCUCAUUAAUAUUCGAGAUAAUGAAGAAAAUCUCAGUCUUUGGGUUAAAAAAAAUUGAAAGAUUAAAAAGAAGUCCUAAGAUAAUGGAGACAGGUGCAUCCACUGUUGUCGAUAAUUUAAUGUAUAUCUGUAAGCAACAAUAAACUCCGAGGAACAUGGAAAACUGACCUCUUUAAAGUACCUCCCCAAUGAAAUUUCUUUUCAGAAACAUUGUUAUUAUUAAAAGUUGGAGCAACAUUUCUGGUAGAAAAGUUGUUAAUAAAAAAAAAAUUGUAAUAUUCUAUUUAUUAUACUUUGUAAAUUUUCCUGUUUUUUGGGGUUUUUCGCAUUUAAUGAGAAAUCUUGAGAAAAUCGAAAAAUGACUUUAUAAGUACUUCCCCACGCCGAUUUCCUUUCAGAAAAAGUGCUACAUGUAGAAAUCCGAGGAAGUUUUCUGGUAGAAAAGUUGCACACAGAUAAAAAAAAAAAAAAAUAAACAUCUUUUAAAACUAUAAACUUCUUCACUCCAUCCAGAAUCUAAAAUAAGGUUCUUAUUGGCAACCGAUUUUAUUUAUUUUUUGUAAUUAUUAAGUUUUUAUUAUUUUAAUCUUUUUUAAACAAUCAUUAUUGUCGUGGAAACGCACAUUGUUGCAAUAAUUUUACCAUAAUAUGGUAAAUAUACCAAUAUUGAAAAAGCAACAUUAUCAACUGAACUUCGUUCAGAAUUGUUUUUUCGUUAGCAGUGUUUAAUCGUUGCUAAUAGAUAUACAUUAAACUACCAAUAACAGUGGCUGCACCCGUCCUCAUUAUCCUAUGACAUUAUUUUAUUUUUGUUGAUGAAAUUUGAACCACUAAAAAUUGAUUUGUAUUAACAAUCACUUUACGGCCUAAAGAGAAUUAUUCGCGUUUCCGGAAUUUACGUCGUUGUUCAACCAUACUAUCUGUAACCGUAAUUAUUAUCGUGGAGUCCAAUACGAUUGUCACUCCUCGAACAAAUAAGCUAUGGAGUCUGUCUCUCUCGCACUAAUGAUUACCCGGUAGUUACCUAUCGCCAAAGCGCGGUCUAUCCAUUUUAAGUCUUUAAUGGGUGGUAUCUAUAACAUCUAGUCUAAUAACACGGAUAUUUAAAAACGUUGAUUUAUUGGCCGAAAGAAACAGUAGCAUCAUCACAAAAUCAAUAUCAAUCUAAUUCCGCCGUCAUAUAUUGUUAUUAUUUAAUUUUUUUUAAAAAAAAAAAAACGCAUUAAAAUAUUUUAAUGUUAAACUUUUUUCGAAAUAAAGUAUAAAUCGAUAGAGAUAGCGGCGAUGUCGUCCGCCUGCGAACUCCCGGGAGAGAUGGGGAAUCCGCUGUUUAACAGUCAACAAACGAAUGAACUACGAAAUGUCCACCGCACUGUCGCACUGUCGCAGAAACAUAAUAAUAUAUCAUAAUAUUCGGGAAAUAUAUAAUUUAUCGACACCCAUAUCAUUGAUAUUUUACCGCGUUUAAAAGAGGUUUUUUUUUUUUUUUCUGUUCAUAUAAAAACGAAUGCAGAAUCGUAAUAAUAUUUAUACACCUACGGUCACCGGCUCACCGCAAUAGUUUAUAUCAUUAGGAGUUUUGUAUUGUUCGAGGUCAUUAUUUUUAGUACCGCCCCGCGUACCCUACGCACAUCUGACAAUUGUGAUUAGGUACGGAUAGAUACGUAAAACGUAUUCGAAUAUUUAAAACGCUUCAGUUAUUUCGGUUUUAUUUUAUCCUGGUCACAUUACGCUAUGCGGUUACGCAAAAUAAUUAUUUAUUCAAUAUACUGUAUCGUGCGCACAAUACAAUAUUAUGCAAAUAAUGCGGUUUAACACGGAAACCGUGUCCGGGCACUCAAAAAUACACCGCAGUACGCACGUAUAAUACAAUCAUUAUUAAUUAAUUUAAUAUGAAAUAUAAUUCGAUAUGUGUACGCGAAAUUAUCGGUUAAAUAUACACGUGUGCGGAAUACCUAUAAAUACGAUUAUUGUAAUACCCGCUUCGGUUCUGAUUAAAAUAUACGGCGUUUCGCCGUGAGAAUUUAGAAGUUAUUUUCAACAACGUUACCAUAUCUGACGUAUUUCUAUUUUAUUAUUGUAAUACGCAAUGCGGAGAAAUUGUUUUGAAGAAUUCGGGGUUUUCAAUUAAAUAUCCCGCACGUACGCAGAGCCUGAUUUAGAAUUUUUCAGGCCCGGGACAAAGAGAAAAUGUUGGCUAAUUUUUAAUCCAUUUAAUACCAAUGUUUCUUAUCUCAUAGCCAUAUAUAUAUAUAUAUAUACCUAAUCCGUUCGUAAAAUAUCCCCAACACCGAAUUAUAUUUUUAUUUUUUUUCGAAAUUGGUAAAAAAUUCGCCCCGUCGAUUGAUGGAAAACGAACAAGGCUAAUACUUUGCACGGCCGUGAUCUCCAGUCGGCGAGUUACCUCAUGCAUUUAUUGUCGAUUUCAACUACGACGCCCGGGCAUGUUGAAAAUUCUUUUGUGACACCGCUGCGGGUGUGCAUUCAAACAUGUUGCAGAUAGAUUACCUACCAUGAAACGAACACUGUCGUCGCAGUGUACCGACAAUAAUAAAAUUGUAAGUUUGUUCAAAAUAAAAACUGAAAAAAUAUUUAUAAGUAUACGGUUUUCGUUUCUCUCUCACUCUCUCUCUCUCGUCUUUUUCGACGAUAAAAAUAUUAUAUUAAAAAAAAAUCACUCGUGCGCCCGGGCAAAGGCAUAAAAUACAAAAUUACACGACAGACGAAUUACGGCCAGGUCAAACAUAAAAAAAAAAAAUCAUAAUAAACAGAUGAAUAGCGAUUCUUAUUACUUCGUAUAUUAUUAUUAUGUGUAGUCGGAUUAAAUUAGAUUACCGCCAUAUAAUGUUAUAUAAUUGUAUGAUUCGAAAAUUGUAUUUAAACACAGAACAGAACAUUAUUAAUACAAUUUUAACUCUCGUCUCGGAACCCAAUACAUAUAUAAGCGGGUAUUGUUAGCUCUCUGGAUUUUCUGCCACGUCGUGUUUCUGUGUGUUACGCGCUGAACAUUUUUUUUUUUUUUAUAUAUAUAUAUAAUUUGCAUGUUUUCCUUUGACAUAGAUUAUGUUUUAGAUUUUUCCAUCAAAAUACGGUACGAAAAUUCGUGACAAAAAGUCAUGCAUAUGACCUAGGUUGCCCAGCAACGUAUAAAUAAGAUACGAAGAAAAAAAAACCUAAAAUAUUCCUAAUAAAUAUGUAUAUGUAGGUUUACAGGCUUAAUUAAUAUGGUUGUCAAGACAACAUGUAUAAAUAAAAAAAAAAGACGUCCUCGGAUAAUGAAGACGGGCGCAGCCACUGUUAUAGGUAAUUCAAUGUAUAUCUGAUAGCAACGAUUAACUAUUGCUAACGAAAAAACGAUUCUGAGCGGAAUUCAGUUGAUAGUGAUGCUUUGUCAACAAUAUAUUUAUAUAUGUCAUAUUAUGACAAAAUAAUUAAAUAGCCAUAAUAUAUUAUCUUUAAUAAUAUUUGUUUAAUAAACCGAUUUUCCCAUUUUCCUACGUUUUUUUCAUGGUUUUUCUUGGUUUUUCGCAAGUUCUCUGGUAGAAAAGUUGUCAACAGAACAAAAAAAAAAAACAAUGCCUUUGUAAAACCAUAAACUUCUUUGCUCCACUCAGAAUCUAAAAGUCAGACGCGUACUUCAUACCGUGUGUGGGUCACUGUAUAGUCGAUGAGAAGUUUGAAAAGUACAGUAGAAUAAAAUCACAAUUUAAUGUAUACAUGUUAAAAGCAACGAUAAAUGAUUGCAAAAAAAAAAAGCGAUUUUGAGCGGAGUAGUUUACAAAACCGAUACAUUGAUAUUUAUUUUCAAUGUUUUAAACACUGUUUUAAAUUUUGAUGUUGAUAAUAUAAAUAAACUUAGCAUAACAAUAUAGGAUUCCGAUUGGAAACCGUAACGAUUUAGUGACAUUUUUAUCAAGAAACCUCCGAAAAUAAUGUAUCUAUGAUUAAUAUAGCCAUUGUAGGACACGACAGAUUCCUUUCGUCCGUCACUGUUUUCAUACGACGUGUGUCUACGUGCGCGCUAAGACGUAAUUCGCAAAAUAAUACUGGAGCAGUAUAAACGAUGAGCAGUUGGCCCAUAAAAAAAUUCACUGCCGACGCGUCGCGACAUGGAGUGUUACAGUCUGUGUGCUUUCGUAGUCGUCUGUUGACUGUAUACACUAUCCGAGUUUAAUAUUGUUAUCAUACACAGGCUUAGACGGUUGUGAGCCAUAAAUUAUUACCAUAACGGUCGUUUUUUUUUCACCGAUUAUUAAAAAUGUAGUUUUAUCGCCCGUCAUGAUACUACUCUCGUCUCUCUUAAGCGGUCGCUAUAAUAAAUUAUAAAAGUCUAUAGAGGGCGUAGAGGUUUAUUGGCUUUGAUUUUAUGGUUGAUGUAAUCACCUACCCUAUAUACCUAUAUAGUAUAUAUCAUGGGCGCCGUUUCAGUUUUUUAUAAGGGGGCGCCACAGUUUAAAAGUUUCCUUUCCUCUCUACCAAGCGUCAGGUCAAUUAAUGUUGGAAAAAAUUACCAUCUAUAUUUUAUUGAAGCAUAUUUUUUUCUCAAAAUUGAACUGAACUAUAAAAUAUGAUACAUAUCUAUAGCUGUAUGUAAUAUAUAUAUAUAUAUAAUGUAUAUAAUAUAUUUAUAAUAUUAAAUUAUAAAAUUAUAAUAUAUAAAGUUUAUAAUAUUUGAUUAGUGUUGUAAAAUCGAAAAACAAAUUGAUCAGACUCGAACAAAGCUGGGUAACACAGCUAGUAUAAAAUAUAUACUAAAAUAAAAUAUACGUACUUUUAAAAAAUACAUUUUUUUUUUUUUUUUUUUUGAGUCGCGUUUUACAUUUUGACUGUGAUAUUCCUGGUAAUGAAUUUUUAAUUCGAAACCGGUCGUAUAAUACACUUGUGAAACUCCAGGCGACACAUUCAUUCAUUCAUUUAUUUUAUUUUUAUAUAUACAUUUUUUAUUUAUUCAUGAGUAUUAACUAUUUAAAUAAUUUUGUUUUACUUUAUUAUUUUAUUGUUUUUAAAAAAGAAAUUGAAUAUUUAAACACGAGUGCUCGUAUCGAUUAACACGUAUGGGCAAAUUACGGAUGCAAAUCGUAAGAAGGUAUACAGUGUGUUACUCAUACCCUGUUCCCUUCCCGAAUGGCGCCCUUGCUUGUACGUAUUAUGUUUUAUGUACUGACAUUAUGUUUUCGGAAUAUUUGCAGGCAAAGACGUAACUCACAAAAUGUACUCGCUCAACGAGCAGCUGGGCCAGGCGAAGAGUUUCGACGACCAAUCGCGAGCGGCCCGUAACGACCAUUGGCGGCAGGCCAUCUAUAGGAGCGUCAGCUACGACGCCGUCAACACGGGCACCAAAGGGACGGUCCGGUCGAACGUUUGGAAGCGGUACCGUGACCGGAAGCAACCGUCGCUGUUUACGGAGCCCCCCGACAGUGAGUGCACAAUCAAUAGGAUAUUAAUCGCAUAUCAAUAAUGAAAAACGACCGGGCACACAGAGCGGUUAAAGUGUAAUGUCGGACGCCGCAUCAUGCUUGUCGUAAUCAUGCGGGGCCGUACGUGUCGAGUGGGGCGCGAACAGUAUUAUUACCGUUUAGUAAUCAGGACGUGAAAGAAAAAGUAUAGAGGCGAAAGAAGAGAUCUCCCGGAAGACCACUGUUAAAGUCCGGGAGGACUGCGUUCAAAGAUACUGUAAAGCUGGUGGUGCCCGGCAGUCAGUGUAGGGAAAUAGCAGAGGCUAUAUAGAGACCCUGGGGCACUGUGUUUACUAAGCGGAACCGGCCGUAACCGAAACAGGAAAACAGGUAGAAUUGGACAUGAUACAGGCGAUAAGUAUAUUUCCAGUAGUUUUUUCAGCAGUAAAAUCCAAAUUUAUUUUAAACAUAUUUUUUUUUUUUUUUUACACGGAUCGUGAGUUAUUUAUUAAAUUUAGGUAAUGUUUAAUUUUUUAAGUACACAGAUACAGUAUAGUUGGAUACACUAGAAACAAAAUAUAUACAUUUAUCAUUAAAUUCAUUACUCGCAGCUUCUGUUUGAUUAUACCGCUCGACUUGUAAGAAUAUAUAGGUAUUUAUUAUUAAUGAUACGUAAGGAUUCUGUAGGAAUGCACUAAUCUACUUUUAAAUAAUAUGCUCAAGAAAUAUGUAUAAGUCAAAUUCAAUAACGAAUACAGAAACGAUUACGAAUAAUGAUUUAUUCAAAGGAUAUUGCAAUUUUUAUCACUCGAUCGAUAAUAAUGAAAAUUUCGGCAAAACGAAUAAGUAUUCUGUAUUUAUUAAUGUAGUUCUUAAACUGUAGGGAGUAAGGGGUCAUUCAUUCGGCGGGAAACGAUUUAUGUUCAAGGAUUUUAUACAGCAUAAUAAUAAACAAAUUAAAAAAACAUAUACGCAGUUGGGUUAUCGAGAAAACCGUAAAAACACACACACAACGGCUUUUUAGAACUAUAUUUGUUGUGUACGGUUUUCUUAAAUCUAAUAAGAUAAAUCGUGAUUGGAAAAAUAAAAGAUUUGCGAACACGGUCCGUCGACCAAAUUCAUCGAGUUCCUUUUUGUAUACAUGUACACAUAUUGUAUAGAACCUACGUCCGUCAAUUUCGAUAUUUAUGUAUUAUAUAAAAUAAUAUACUUUGUGGUAUUGUCGGUGCAUGAAUAUCAUUUCGAAAACCGCUUUUUCUACAUAUCACGACGAUUAACGGCCGAAGAGAAAGUGGUCAGAGGAUAUUACGCAGAGAGAUGUCUGAGGGUACGAGGAGAUGUAUGAAAAAAAUGUUUACUUAUUUGCUGUUACGUGAUCCGGGGUUUCGCUCGGUUAGACAGACAUCGCAACAACCCGAUAAAACUAAUCCAGACACUUGGAAAAACGAAUUGGCAAAAAGAGAGAGAGAAACGCAAUUUAAAAGUAUCAGAACAGAGGGUUAUUAGACGGUCAAUCGGCUCGUUUCGUCGGAGGUCGGCGCCGUGUUUUGUGGCGUGCAUGGCGCGAAGGGGCUCUAAAAGUAAUGCGCGAGGGGGCGAGCGUUUGGAGAACAUCGACGGCGCCAGAGAUUAGACGGCGGCGAAAAGUAACGUUACGGGAUUGUCGGCGGCGCACAACAGACCGGUAGACGGGGUGGGUGGUGUGCUUGGCGAGCACGGAUUACAGAAUACCUCCAAGACGUAGUAAAUGUCGAUGGCGAAACAGUGUGCGCACACGGUUUCGCCGAGUCUUGCUGUAGUUUUUCCGUACUAAACCCGUCGCGGUGUGCGUGUACUCAGGUCCGGUGCACGGGCCGCGGAAGUGUUGGAUUCCGGUGAUGAGCGCCCAGAUGUCCAACAGCACUACGGCGUACGCGAGCAUGGACGGGCACUCGCUGUCGGCGGCCACGGACGACGACGACGAACGGCAACCGAUGCUGCCGACCGCGAACUCCGGCGACAUACAGCUGUACCGGUUGGACAGCCGCCAUCAGCCGCUGUCGGCGGCUACGGCCGCGGUGGCGUUGAUACCGGUCAUCGUGCCAGUGGUGUCGGCGGCCGGCGUGGUCGGCCUGCAGUUGAACGCGGCCGGCCAACCGGCCGCGCAGCAGCUCCGGCGUCCCGGUUCGCUGCGGCGGCACAACAGCGGCGCCAGCAACGGCGGCGGUUGCAGGGAAGUGAAAUUCGACGAGACGGUACUGUGA